AGGUUCGCUCAACGGCGUGUGGGAAGUGAUUUGUGAGGGGGAAAACCCCCUUCUCUUUCAUCAAAGCACCAAACGGCAUCGGAUUCGUGAGCGUCGGGGCACUCUCCCAGCUCCUACCUGGUUUUUACAUCUCUUUAAGCUACAAAACGAGGUUGGCGGAGGUGGAAAUCGAAAGAAAGUCACCCCAAUGGAAGUUUAACGGGUGGAUAUCGGUUGUUUAAAGCCCCUCGAUGAGGCUUACUUAGAUGUGAGAUGGCGGCACGUGGGUAAGCGCUCGCUGAGGUUCGCUCGCCGGCGUGUGGGAAGUCAUUUGUGGGGGGGAAAAGCCCUCCUUCAUCAGAGCACCAAACGGCGUCGAGUUUGUGAGCGUUGGGGCGCUCUCCCAGCUCCUGCUCGUUUUUUAUGUCUCUUUAAAGUAGGAGACGAGGCUGGUAGAGGUGGAAAUUGAAAGAAAGUCACCCAAAUCGGAGUUUAACGUGUGAACGUCUGUUGUUUAAAGGCUCUCGAUGAGGUUUGUCUGGAUGCGAGAUGGUGGCACGUGGGUAAGGGCUCGCGGAUCCGAGCCCAAAGCAGCCUGACAGCCUGGAUCCUCUCCCCCAUCUCCGGUUUUUGAGCCCUCUGUCCUCUUCCCACCUUGAAUUCCCACUUCGCAAAGCGAAGUGGGAUUUUUAACUCACUGUUGAAAACGCUUCCGUGGUUUUUAUAACAUAAUUGUGGCUGCGGCAGGAUUUUAUAAAUAAUACAGCAGCGAUGCCGUUUUUGUGUGUGUUUUAUCAAGUUCCUAGUACCUUGCACGUGGCUUUUUCUGCGGAGAUCAUUCGUAAUUCAUCCCGACAUCGUGUUGAUACAGACCUGUUGACAAGUUGCUCUUUUCAGGUUCCCUCUGUCUCUGCUUCCAGUUUGGUGGAGAUCUGAUGCCCGGACUCUCUUUCAUCAUGCUUUUAAAUGUUUUUUUAAGUGUUUUACCUGUUUUUCGGGCAUAAAAAUGAGGUGAGAGACUGCAACGGGAUUAAAAACACCUUAAAUAUGUGUUGAAUCAUCCUCAACAAGAGCUGGUUUCUUUCUACCGACAGCUGAGCGAGUCUGGAUAAACAACCCGGAAGAGUUUAGGCAGCUAAAAGUUAUUCCCGAGAAAGAUUUCAUUGGAUUCGUGACGUUAGUGAGCUGCCCAAUUGCUGGGAUAUUCCCUUCGUCUCGCAGAACUGUUAAUAAAUUAAAACCACCGAGCAUGUUGCAGCUUUAGAGAAGUUUUGUUGUGGAUUUUUACCAUUGUAUAGUAUAAAAAUGAAGGUGUUAACAGUUCUUUGGCGUUUUAGAAAUAAACCUCAGGUGUAGCCAGCUCACCUUAUAAGCAGCCCCUUUAUUUUUAAUUCUCUGCAUGUUGAGAAUCGCGUGGUUCCACCCAAGUGGGUUUUUGGGAAGAGCGUCCUUUGCAGUUGAGCCUUGCGUAGGAGCGUGUGAUAAUAGAUUUAAUUUGAAUACUUCAUGAUUCCAGCAGAAGACAAAGUUUAUUCUUUCCGGAUAAAGUCCUUUGUUGAAAUCAGCGGGAGAACCUCAGACCUCUGCUUUCAGAAGGAAUUGGCCCCGGCUUUUUGUCUGCGGGUGUUAAACUUCAUUUCUCAGCGCUUCACGUAAACUGAAUGAUGUAAAUCUCUCAACGUUGCUCCACCAUCUCCGGAUCCGUGCUCUGCUUUCUCCAUGUGCGGAAAAAAAUGAUUCCCAAGCUUUUUCCCCAGCUCCAAGCGCGCUGUAUUGGGAAUAAACUGGGAACCAGGACACACGGCACACUCGGCCGGGAGCUCAGCACGCACUGGGACGAUGCCUGGGACAGCCAGGGGUUCGGUGUCACUCGCUGUCACCCAAAGCGAUCGCCUGCGCUCAGCAGUUUGUUUUCAAGAGGCUAUGGAACCUGGAAUACUGGGGCCACCAACACUCAAGGUACCUACGCGACGAAUGCGACGAGCUGGCAAGGCUAUGAAGGCUACGACUAUUACAACACCCAAACCACCGCCGCUAACACAGCAGCCACCUACAACUACGCCGCUGCCACUUCCAGCAGCUGGGAAACCCCCAAAACCUCGGAUCUGAGCAUGAAUGCUGACGUGGGCGCCGCGAUGCCCGUCGCCUCCUACGGCACCGAGACCUCGGCUAACGAGAACUCGGAUUCCAUCAUUGCCAAAAUCAACCAGCGGCUGGAUAUGCUAUCGAAGGAGGGCAGCGGCGGGACAGGGGAGGGGAUGGAAGACCAGGAAAGCUCGUUCAGAUUUGAAUCUUUCGAAUCCUACGACUCGAGGUCUUCCAUGAACGACCGCGACAUGUACCGAUCCGGCUACGAUUACGGAGAAGUCGGAACCGAUCGCAACGAUUCCUUCGGCAGCCAGUUCGACGGCCGCCGGGAUCAAUCGCGCAACCGAGGCAACAACUACGGCCUCGUGCGAGGCCGGGCUCAAAACCGCGUUCAGAACCGUGGGCGUCUGAACGCUUUCAACCGCGCCGACCACUUCAUGCCCUCCUCCAGCUCCGAGCGCCUCUCGGCUCGUUGGAACGAGUUGAACUACAUGGGUGGGCGCGGGAUGGGGGGGGCCGGAUCCAACAGGCUCCCAUCCCUCUUUUCCCAAGCCCUCGUUCCCGAUUACGGCGACUACGGCGAUUACGGUGACUACGGCGAUUAUGGCGAUUACGGCGACUACGGGGAUUACGGCGACUACGGGGAUUACGGUGACUACGGAGACUAUGACUAUGGCAUGAUGGGGAUGUCGGGCAUGGGAAUGGGACGGUAUGGGAAUAUGCCGUACGGAAUGGGGAGGCAACGGAACAGAGACAGGAUGGGUACGGUGCCCUGGCACACGAACACGCUCAUGCCCAAGAGAAGAGGUUUCCGAAACCGUUCGGGCGGGCGAUCGGACAGCGAGGGAGGAGGACGCAAACGCAAACAGUCGCAAAGCGGCGACGAGCCUGACAGCAAACAGGCCAAGACCGACAGCGAAGGAGACGACACCGAGAACGCAGAUGAGGGCGACGGAGAGGAAAAAUCAGGAGAUGAAGCUGACAAAGCAUCUGGAGAUGGCUGUGAAGAUGAUGACGAGGAGGUGAAAAAGAAGAGGGAGAAGCAGCGGAGAAGGGAUCGGAUGCGCGAUCGUGCUAUGGACAGAAUCCAGUUUGCCUGUUCCGUCUGCAAGUUCCGCAGUUUUGAGGAAGAGGAAAUCCAGAAACACCUUCAGAGCAAGUUUCACAAAGAGACUUUGCGAUACAUCGGUACCAAACUCCCGGAUAAAACGGUGGAGUUCCUGCAGGAGUACAUCGUCAACAGGAAUAAGAAAAUCGAGAAGCGACGCCAGGAGCUGACGGAGAAAGAGGGCACAAAACAGAAACCGGAUCCUUUUAAGGGUAUCGGCCAGGAACACUUCUUCAAGAAGAUCGAGGCGGCUCACUGCAUGGCGUGCGACAUGCUGAUUCCCGCACAGAACCACCUUCUGCAGAGGCACCUGCGAUCGGCCGAUCACAACAGAAACCGCAGGAUGGCCGCGGAGCAGUUCAAAAAGACCAGCUUACACGUGGCCAAGAGCGUCCUGAAUAACAAACACAUCGUAAAGAUGCUGGAAAAAUACCUCAAGGGAGAAGAUCCUUUCACGGAUGAAAUCACGGAUCAGGAUGUGGACGAAGCUUUGGAAGGCGGAGACGGCGCCGGAGAAGCAACUGCCGAAACCGCCGCCGUCGAAACCACUGGAGAAAACGAAGGAGGAAUGGGAGAAACUACGGAACCGGCGGAAAUUCCCGAAGAUUUUGCCAAACCUGAGGAAUUUCUUAAAAAUCUGGGAGAACAAGAUCCCCCCAAACCGCUGCUGAUGCCCCCGUUCCUGCAAGACGACGAGCUGGAAGCGGAGGAGGUGACGACAUCGGAGGUGACAUCGGAGGUGACGGCGGAAGCGGCGCCAUCGGAAGCUCCAGAAGAGCCGUCCGCGCUUCCCGAAAAUCCACCAAAACCGGUGGUUUCACCCCAAAAUGAAACUGAGGGUUGGGCAGGCAAAAAGGAGGAGGAAGAGGAGGAGAGAGAAGCUCCGCCGGCGGCUGAGGAGCCGCAGCCGGAAUAACUGUGAAUAUUUGUGAAGGACGAAGAGCGCAGGAUCGUACCUUCCCCAAGAAACCCGCCGGCUGCUGGGGCGGGGGGGGGGGGGGG